AUGGGAAAAUCACCGGGCGAUGAGAUUUUAGCAAAAGCUGAAAAGAAGGCAACUUCUUCACCUGGUUGGUUCGGCAGUAGUAGUCAGAAAUGGGAAGAAGCUGGUGAUUUGUUCGCUCAAGCGGCAAAUUCAUACAAGGUAGAAGGUAGAUGGAGCGAUUCAGGUGCUGCUUUCGAACGAGAAGCAGCAUGUAGGAACAAAGCUGGUGAAUCCAACGAUGAGAUUAACGCUUGGCAUAAUGCAGCUAAAAGUUAUAAAAAGAGUAAUCCAGAGGCCGCUGUGACGGCCUUACAUCAAUGUAUCAAACUCUUGGUCAAGUCUGGUAACUUUCGACAAGCCGCCGAUAGGGAAAAAGAGAUCGCCGGAAUCUACGCUCAAGACGGGUUGGAUAUCGCCAAAGCCAGAGAUAGUUUUGUUCAAGCGGGGGAUUGGUACAAACAAGAAGAUGCGAAUGCUACUGCGAAUCAAUGUUAUCAACAAGCCGCCGAACUUUCUGCGGAUUUACAAGAUUUCAAAAGAUCAAUGGAGUUGUAUCAAACUGUUGCGGAUUGGAGUUUAACAAGUGCUUUGACGAAAUAUUCAGUGAAAGAAUACUGGUUGAGAGCUUGUAUGUGUUCUAUGGCCAUGGGAGACCUAGUACUCUGUCAACGUCUACUCGAAACGUUCUCCACCAAAGACGUCACAUUCCCUUCCACCCGCGAAUCCAAAUUCGCUCAUGAAUUAAUGGACGCAUGUGAACAAGGUGACGUUGAAAGAUAUACAGCUGCGGUAUAUCAAUAUGAUCAAGUAACAAAGUUAGAUAAUUGGAAAACUGCAAUAUUGUUAAAGAUUAAAAAAGCUUUGGAAGAAGAUGAAGGAGGGUUGACUUAG